AUGGCCUGGGGAAAGCCUGGAACCGGCGUGGUGAAGUCGUACGCCGUGGAGUGGUCGACCAUGGAGCAGACGACAGCCAAGGCCGCGGAGCGGGUGAGGGACGAGCGAGUGCCCGAGGAGGAAGAGGAGGAGGACGAGGACCCCGUGUGCCCGCUCUGCAUUGAAGAGCUCGACGCCACGGAGAUCCAAUUCCGGCCCUGUCCCUGCGGCUACCGCGUGUGUCUGUUCUGCUACGAGCGAAUCAAGCUCGAGCUCAAAGGCAUCUGUCCCAGCUGCCGCUCGCCCUAUGGCGACCCGCAAAUGGCGGCGCCGCCGCAGCCAACCGCAUCGGGUGCGUCGUCGGGUAAACGGCGGGGGUCGAUCUCUCGCAACGGCGACAGCAAGGCGUCCGAGCAGGGAGCGUCGAUCGCGGGAGCGUCGCUGGGAGUGUCGAUUCUUGGAGCUGGCGAUCAUCGCUGCCAUUCGCGAGUGUCGCCCGCUCCGCCGAUACUCGCGUCAUCGGAAUUCCCGACUUUAUCGUCGUCGCCUCCUCUCUCAGGUGCACUUCGUCGUCGCAGCCGCGCAGCUGCGGCUGCUGCGGGCGGGCGGCGUUUGUCGUCUGACGCCCAUGCCGCGCCGAGCGGUGAAACCACCGCUACGUCUUGGCCCGCGCUUAAGGCAGAGCCAGCGACGGCGGGUCCGUCUGUGUCCGCCGUAUCGAGUCACGCUCAAACGGGGAAGUCUGCAAGCAGGGACUCACGGAAGGAGUCGGGCGGGGAGAAGGGGAAGGAAGCGGGGAGAGUUGCCGAGGGUGCCAAGGCCGCGACGGUCGCUUCUGCGGGUUCUGCGCUGGCGGGUAGGAAGCAGCAGCCUCAACCGCAAACCUCGGCGGGUGCUUCAGCGGAUGUCGCGGUAUCGAGUUCCUCGUCGUCCGCUGCCGCUCGUUCUUCCGCCAAGGCGUCGACUCGCACUAUCAGCCCCCCGCCCGUGCCUGCCGACUCCGCAUCUCGCGUGCCUUCCACCGCAUCUCUCGAGCAGCCGCGCGACGACGAAAUGCUGCUCAACAGUCCCGGCCGCGCCGACCUUGGUGCUUCCGCCGCGCAAGCAACCGCAGCAGAAGCCGGUGAGGUGAAAGCAGAUGAAACGCAGAGCCGCGCAGGCGAGCGCAGCGUGGUUCAGACUUCGGUCCCCGAACCUGCCAGUUCCGUUGUGCCGAAGCCAUCCUCCUCGGUUCCUUCAUUCCAGAGAAUUCGGGACGCCGCGUCACCGCACAGCACCGAUUCAUCCAUCCCGCUCGCCGCUGCCGGCCCCCACGGCAGCAUCUCAUCGCCGUCCUUUUCCACGUGGCUCUCGCCGCACUCCACCUCCUCCGCUGCUACCCUCUCCAAACCCGUCCUAUCCACCCCUAACGGGGUGGCUUGUAACGGGAUCGCUGUCGCGGGCUGGGCGUCCUCCGGCGGGAGCGGGCUGGAGCGGCUGCAGCAGCUGCAGGCGCUGCAGCGGCAGCUGCAACAGGCUUUCGUGGGCCCUGUCACCCCGCCCCCGGGCUUCCGCCCUUCCGCUCCCCCUGGCUUCGCGCCCCUGUCCCCGCCUCCUGGGUUCGGCCCGUCCGCGGGCGCCAAGAAAGCGGACGCGGGCGCGCUGGGGCAGGCGGACAUGCAGGCGCAGGCCGCCGCCGCCGCAGCAGCAGCAGCGGCAACAGCAGCAGCAGCAGCGCGGGCAGGGUCGGGGCUAGGGCUUUCCGGAUCGACCGGGGCAGCAUCCUUUGGCGCGGCGGGUGCAGCAGCAGCAGGGGGGAAUCUGGGCGUGCAAACGGUAGAGUCAGCAGCAUGGGGGUGGGGGGCGGCGGGAGCAGUUGCCUCCGCCUCCGCCUUGGCGGCAGGCGCGUCCUCCUCCGCCUCGUUUUGCUCGCCGCUGCUUACCUCUGGCUACUCCAGUGCUUCAGGCUACACCACCACCAGUGCAGCAGGCUAUUCCGGUGCCGCUGGGUAUUUCUCAGGGUAUACCGGUGUUGGAGGGGUGUCGGGGCGGAGUGGGAGCGAGGUUUGGGCGUCGGGUAGUGUGGGGGCGGUGAGAGGGACGUGGGGUGGAGGGGAUGCGGACGCUGCUGUGGCUGCUAUUGCGAGCAUCUGGGGGCAGGAGAACAGUGCCACGGCUGCUGUGGGUUCGAUCAAGCUGGGAUCCGCUGCAGAGACUACCAAGUGGCAGUCAGUGGGGUCAGGCCUCCAGUCCUUCACGGGUGGUUCAAUGUCCAUCCCCAUGUCCUCCUCCCUCUCUCUCCUCGGAGCUUCCAUCUGGAGCAAUGGGAGCAACAGCUCCCUGCAGCCCUCUCAGCCCGGCAUGUGGGGUUCCUCGCCCCUUGCGCGCUCCCCCUCGCCUCAGCUUGCAGCAGCUUUGUCCUCGGCUGCGCCGAACUUGCAGGGUGGAGCGGGUGGGGCAAGGGCCGGCACUCACCUCAACCAGCGGUGCAUCCUGGCCGUUGAUCGCGGCAGCAUCAACGCAUCCCUGCUGGCCGACACGUCGUCCGCGGAUUAUCUGGAGAACAACGCCAAGCACCUGCCGUCAUGGCUCUCCUCGCAGCUCAUCAACCAGUGA